CAGCGCCCCCUGUCUGGUGUUGCGCUUGAAACUUUUUCAUGUGUUGAUAUGGAGAAAAAACCGAAUGCCAGGAGUAGACUUAUUCACAAGCUGGAUGAGGAGAAGGUGUUGCUUUCGACGCAUAUGGAGCAUACUAAUGGAGGAACAAGUUCCAAGUCGUCUGCCUCGUUCAAUUUCAUUAACUCCAUCAUUGGAUCCGGACUUAUUGGCCUUCCAUUUGCAAUGGCUCAGGCGGGCCUACCUCUGGGACUGCUGCUGCUUUUUCUGGUUGCAAUCAUUACAGACUACUCAAUCAUCUUGUUAAUAAAAGGGGGAAACUUGUCAGGGACACACAGUUACCAGUCUCUUGUACACAGCACAUUUGGCUUUGUUGGAUAUCUUAUUUUGUCAGUCCUGCAGUUCCUCUAUCCAUUUAUCGCAAUGAUAAGUUACAACAUCAUCACUGGAGAUACUAUGACCAAAGUGUUUCAGAGAAUACCAGGAGUUGGUCUUGGUCAUAUUCUGGCAGAGAGGCAAUUUGUCAUUUUGGCAUCUACCAUCCUCUUCACAAUUCCACUCUCCUUGUUCAGAGAUAUGGCUAAAUUGGGAAAGGUCUCAUUAGUGUCCAUGCUGUUAACCUUGGUCAUCAUUGUCAUAGUAGCUGUGAGGGCUGUAACACUGGGACCACAAAUCUCCCCCUCUGAGGAUGCAUGGGUGUUUGCAAAAUGGAACGCAGUUCAAGCAGUCGGUGUUAUGUCUUUUGCCUUCAUCUGCCACCACAACACCUUCAUGAUCUAUGGGUCACUCAAGGAGCCCACUUUAACUAACUGGUCCUGGAUCACACAUGUGUCUGUGGGCUCAGCUGCUCUAGUCAGUGCACUAUUUGCUGCUACAGGCUAUGCUACUUUCACUGGGUACACACAAGGUGAUAUUUUUGAGAACUACUGCAAAUAUGAUAACUUGGCCACAUUUGGUCGGUUCUGCUAUAGUCUCAGUAUAAUCACCACCUUUCCUUUGGAGUGCUUUGUGACAAGAGAGGUGGUGUCAAAUGUCUUUUUUAAUGGACUACUUAGCAACACAGCCCACAUUUUGGUUACCUUGGUGAUAAUAUUAGUGGUUACAGCAAUAUCCCUCUCGUACGACUGUCUUGGUGUUGUGCUGGAGUUGAAUGGUGUUCUGAGUGCCACGCCUCUGAUCUUCAUCAUUCCUUCUGCCUGUUUCCUGAAACUCUCCAGUGGCCGCUGGUUUCAUAUGAAAAAACUAAUGCCAGCACUUAUUAUCGUGACUGGAGUUUUUAUAAUGAUCAUCGGAUUGAUUAUGACAGGACUGUCUCCUAAGGACUGUUCACAUGGAGUGGAAAUGUUUUACUGUACAAACAUAAAUUCUUCUGCUUCGUUAUCUGUGACUCCUGUUAAUAGUGUGGUUCCGAUUAUAAAUUCUACUCAGAACACUAGCAAUUUCUAAUUUCAAAUAGGAAAUGUCAUUUUGAAUAUAUUUGUAUGAUUUUCAAGCUAUAGUAGACCUACAUUGUGACUAUGUUAUAAGAACUCAGUGACAAGUCUUUUAACUAU